GCCCUGAAGUUGGACGAUGUCUUUUCCGAGGACCAGCUGCUGCUGCAGGCGACUUUGACGGCAUCCUUUGCACCGUUCUAUGCCCAUGGGAUCACCAGAUGCAUGGACUACACCUCUGCCCUGAAGGGACCGCAGACGAGCCGGAGGGUGUCGAAGAGUCUGGACGAGAGCAAGGAAUCGACAGAGGAUCAGGCGGAGGCCCAGGUUGUGAUGCUCAAAGCGGAUCCACAGAUUGCGAAG